AUGGCCGUGGAUGGACAAUGCGAUAAAUAUUUUAAAAAUCAAUCAGCUGUUAAAUCGCGAUCGCAAUCGCGCCACUAUGAAUUCAGGGUAAUGCGGUCUGGGUCUAGGAUAGGAUCAUCGUCCCCUCGACGGGCUGUAAAAUACCACUUAAAUGGGUUGAUGUCAGGAAGGGCAUCCGAUUAUAAAAACCUUGCUACAAAAUUUCCUGAUGAUUACAACAAAAUUAUUCGUUAUUCAUCUUAUACAAUUUUAUCUAAAGUUUCCGCCUUUUACGCCGAAAAUAUCGCCAAAAAGGUUUGCCUAAACGCCAACAUAUGGACGAAAUCUAAAUUCCUGGGCCUAUCAAUAGGAGUUCACAUGAUCGGACAAGCUUGUAUCAACCUGUUGCAACACAACGAGGAAUACGUUUGCACUUUCCCUAACGCUUAUGCCAGAUCGAUAUUUUCUAUACCGUGGAUCGAAUUGGGCGGUAAAGUCACGAUAACUUGCUCUAAAACGGGAUAUUUCGCCAAUAUCGAAUUUCUAACAAAACCCUUUUACGGAGGUAACAAAAAUCAAAUAAAUUGCGAAGUUUUUUCGCCUUACGAGAAAAAUCCUUACUUAACCGUAUCAGGCGCUUGGAACGGCACGAUGUACAUCAAGGAUCCGGCCGGAGAAUGUCACGAGUUUCUCGAUACGUCAUCCAUGCCCAUUCAGAGCAAGGUCGUCUUGCCUAUACACGCGCAAAGGGAAUACGAAUCUAGAAAAAUUUGGUACGAUGUGGCCAAAUGUUUAAAGGCUAAACGCUUGGAAAUGGCCACGGAGAUCAAGCACGAAAUCGAGGAGAAGCAAAGAAGUAAGGCUAGGGAGAGGAGCGAAUCAGCCGUCAAGUGGGAAUGUCAGUUUUUCGAGGAAAUCAACGGAAAUUGGAUAUACAAGAAGCCUCUUUACAAAAGACUUUCGAAAAAUAUUGACGAAUGAAAAUCACUCAAAAUGGUAGCAACAAAGAUUUAACUUUCUUCGCAAAAAAAAUGAUUAUAAAUAAAUGAUACACUUGAAUCAAGCUAGUUUUAUCGCGCUUGCCGUUUCAUUAUUUGUUAUUUAAAAAAAACAUUUAAAAUACUUCAAUAUUUCAAAUAUUUUUCCCGGAAAUAUUAUUA